GAAAAUUCUUAACGACGAAAGCGAAACCGAAGAGGAGCAAUUACGAUUGUGAAUGUUGAAGAGAUUACACGCAGGAGUAUAUAUUAUACCGAACAUCUUCCCUGUGUGUCUCAGUCGUGUCAAAUUGUUCAUUCAUCACUCAACUAUUUUUUUUAUAGAGACACAUUCGUAACACGAAAUAUAAGAUGAUUCGAGCGGAGAUGAAAUUAUUUCUUUUGAUAGUUGGAUUGACAUUUAGUGGGAUAAAUUGUUCGCCUAAAUAUGACUUAGGAGGAUUUGUUCCAAGCUCCAUGGACUUCUGGGGAGAUGGAAAACAUCAGGAUCAAAUAGCUGUACCUUCGCAAUCCCAAUCCCGUGCUGAAUCGCGUUCUGAUUCAGGGAAUAUCUCCAGAAGUAUCGGAGAUGAUAAACCAGUGUCUGAAAGGAGUCAGGAAGCUAGAUUUGGAUUUUCGAAUCUCGAGACGUCAGGAGGAGGAACCGGAUAUGGAGUUAGUUCUUACGCUCCGACAAAAGUUGACCUCGGCGGACUCAUCCUGGGUGCAGUAAUAGGAGUUGGAACAAUUCUCAUCAUCCCUAAACUUCUUUACAUUAUCUCAGGGUCAUACGGAUCAUACGCCAGAAGUGAUGAAGCGACAUUGACUAAUACAAUGACGAAGUUGGACGACAUCCUGGCACACCAUGGCAUCGAUACAACCUCCUGCAUGCAGCGAGCUGUUUGUUCAUAUGCUCAAAAGGCAGCAGAAACCGUUAGAACAGCAAACGACAUUGAUGACGACGAGAAAGUCUCUUCCUUCGACCGAAUGAUCGAAACAAUCACCACAAAUCAAGUAUUCAGAACCGCAAUGCGAGGCACUGCCAUCCAAGAAGCUAUAGAAGCUGGUCGAAAGGGUCAGAAUUGCUCGAGGAAUUAUCGCCAUUGUGGAUUCUCGAUGGAAUCCCUCAUGGGACUAUUCACCAACGUAUUAUCUGUUAUUUCGAGCUCCAGGCCGAAUCCAACUGCUCCAGCAGCUCCUAUGUAAUCUGUAAAUCCCACAUUCAUGUAACAACAUUUAAACAGAUAUUGAAGGGUUUCCAUGCCAUUCAUAGCCAUUAAACUAUAGUCCAACAUCUUUCUCCAUCGAAUGUUCAAUAAUACUGAGGAUUAUUAAUGAUUAAUUAUCAUGUUUAGAUGAAUAUUUCUCUUUUUAUUUGAAUUUCAUUACCCAAGCCCAUUGAGGCGACCUCAGAUAUAUUUACAUAUAAUACAAAUCAAAUUCUAUUAUAGACUUCCUCGCAAUUACUUGUGCAUAAAUAGAACUCUGAUAAUUCUGAGUAUUAAAAAUAAAUUGAGGUGAUAAUGUUAACAUGCGGAUAUUGUAAAUUCCUAGGACAGCCUAUUUUUU